UAGCUACCCAUACGGGUUCCACCUUUUUUACCAAGAAAGCUACCAACUACAAGUCUACAACUCUCCACUUCUCCGGUACUGCAACAAGAAAAUUUAUACCCAUACGUUUUGAGCUGUUUGGGUUCGGCUUUAGGCUUCUUUCUCAAUACACAACAACAGGAAGGGCAGAGCAAUUUAGGGCAUAAGAAUCUGUUAAGAAUAAGAAGAGAUGCCAACACUAACAAAGUUAUAUUCAAUGGCAGAAGCAGCUGAGCACAAUACUAAGGACGACUGUUGGGUUGUUAUUGACGGCAAGGUGUACGACGUUUCAUUGUAUUUGGAUGAACAUCCAGGUGGAGGUGAUGUCAUACAAGCUGUCACCGGAAAAGAUGCAACAGAUGACUUUGAAGAUGUGGGACAUAGCAAGAGCGCAAGGAAAAUCAUGGAGAAAUUCUUCAUCGGGGAGCUUGAUCCCUCAUCUGGUCCCACGAUCCCUAAACUUGAGAUCGUUGCGAAGCAGUCCAGCAGCAGCUAUAUAACCCAGAAGGUCAUGGAUUUCACCAAACAGUAUUGGGUUCUUCCCGCCACAAUUGUUGGUAUCUCCGUAGUAGCCAGUUGUGUGUUCCUGCAUAAGAAGUAGUACUAAUAGGGAGUAAUAGCUUGAGGGAUCAUCAUCACUUCUCGCAAAAUAUUGCAGCAAUUCCUCUGGAGGAUGCUAUUAUUUGGCAUUUUGAAUUUUAGAAUUAAAUGCCCUGCAAUGAGUUUUUGUUACAACAUUUUGAGUAACACUUUAGGGGUAUGAGUAUGAUUACAUAUAGUUUGUUAUUGUUUUAAGGUUGUUGUUCUUUAUGAAUUUGGAGCGUUGGAUUUUAGAAUUUUUGAAAUAAAGUGAACUUUAUUUGUUUUUGCGUGGAGGGCAUUGUCUUAACAAAAAUGUGCAACUUGAUGAGGUCAUGAGGCACUGUUUUAUACUAUCUUCU